AUGAUAGGGAAUGAAAUAAUAAUAAUAAAUAAAGAUAAUUGUAAUUACAAUCAUUACCUAUCAUCGAAAAUAAUUGAAAAAUAUUAUAACCAAAUAAAUCCAUUAAUUAUUAAAUAUGAUAAUAUAUUACAAAGUUUAGAAGAUAACAAUGAUGAUGAUAAUAAUGAUGAAAAUGAUACAAAUAAAAAUCAACACCAACAAUUAAAUAAAGAAAUUAUAGAAUUAAUUGAAAAUAAAAUUGGGCAACAAAAAGAAAGAGAACAAAUUUUAAUUGAAAAGAAAUCAAAUCUUUUAAUUGAAAUUAAUAAAUUAAUACAAUCACUUGAUUUAACACCUAAUAAAUUCGAAAUUGAUAAUGAAAUUCAAUCAGAUUAUAAUACAUUAAUUCAAUCAACUUUAUUAAAAACACCUAAACUUUUAAAACAAAUUAAUCAUUUAAAUAAUUUUAAUAUAAAUUUAAAAAAUGUAUUUAUAAAAUUAAAUAAUAAUAAUAAUAAUAAUAAUAAUAAUAAUAAUAAUAAUAAUAAUAAUAAAGUUUAUUCAGAAUUAAUGAAAUUAUAUAAAGAAUUAGGAAUUGAUCUAAGUGAUAAUAAAGAUACAGAAUAUGUUUCAUCAUCAUUUAUUGAAAUUGGUAUAUCAGUUUCAAAUAAAAGAAUUGAUGAAAUUGAAAAUGAAAUUAAAAAAUUACAAGAUAUACGUAACUCGAUUAUGGAUAAAAUUAAUGAUUCAAAAUCAAUUGCAUUAAAUUUAAAAAAUCAAUUAGAAUUAGAAUCAACUAUUGAAAAUAAUGAAAAUAAUGAAUUAAAUCAAAUUUUAAAUAAAUUAAAACUAAAUGAUGAUGAUGAUGGUGAUGAUUGUUCAAAAAAUAAAUUAGAAAUGAAAUCAUUAAUUCAAAUAUUAUAUAAAAUUGAAGGAAUAAUUAAAACAUUUGAACUAAUGAAAGAGAAAAGAUUAAAACAAAUUAAUAAUCAAAUUAAUUCAAUUGAACGUGAUUAUCAACAAUUAUCAAUUCCAUUAAAUGAUGAAACUAGAUUAAACUUUAAAUUAAAAAGAAAUAAAUUACCACCACCUUCAAUCCCAUCAUUAUCCUUAAUAAAUCUAUUAACUCAAGAAUCAAAUCAUUUAACAAAUUUAAAGAAAUUAAAAUUUAAAGAUUCAUUUCAAUCAAAAUUUAAAUCAUUACAAUCAUUAUGGGAUCAAUUAUGUAUACCAUUAAAUCAAAGAAAUUUAAAAGAUUUAUUAUUAAAUAAUAAUAAUAAUAAUGAUAAUAAUAAUAAUAAUGAUGAAAUUGAUUAUUCAAAUGAAAUAAAUUAUUAUAAUAUUGAAACAUUAGAAAUUAUUGAUAAAGAAAUUAAAUUAUUAAAUGAAUUAUUAGAUUCAAUGAAAUCAAUUUUAAAUAAAGUUAAAAGAAGGGAAUGGAUAAAGAGUGAGAUGAAAAACUUUGAAACUAGUGCAAGUGAUCCUAGUAGAUUUAAAGGUAGUUCAAUUAGAUUAUUGGAAGAAGCUAAAUUUCGUAAAACUAUAGCUAGAGAAUAUCCAAUACUUACCACUGAUUUAGUAAAGGAAUUGGCUGAAUGGGAAAAUCAAAAUCAAAAAUCAUUUCUAUAUUUUGGUAAUUCUUAUUUAGAAUUAAUGAAUACUGAACAGGAUAGACCUGAUUUUCAUUUACUUCAUUUAAAACUUGUAACAAAAAAAGAUCCUGAAAAUAUAUCAGAUUCACCAAUGGUUUCAUAUUCAUCAACAACUUCAUCACCAACAACAACAACAACUUCAUCACCAACUUCAUCACCAACAACUUCAACAAUAAAUGUACAGCAACAACCUCAAGAACAACCUCAACAAACCCAACAAAAUAUAAGACCAACAACACCAACUACACCACAAAGACCAACAACACCACUUUCAAAGAAACCCUCACCAUUAACUAAAAAACCCUCUUCUUCAUCAUCAUCACCAUCAUCUUCAUUUACUACUUCUCCAACAACACCAAAAAUACCAACAUUAUCAAAGGCUUCAUCCUCUUUAAAUUUAUCACCAACUAGUGUUGGUAAUAAUAGUAGUAGUGGUGGUGGUGGUAAAAUUCCGAGUUUAUCAAAAACAAUGUCCUCUGUUAAUUUAACAACAACAACAAUAAAUUCAAAUCCGACAGUAAAUAAACCAACACCAUCAAAAAAAGAAUCACCUAUUUUAAUAACACCAUCAAAACCAAAAUCUUCUCCAACAACUUCAUCAUCAUCAUCAUCUGUUAAUAUGACAUCCAAAUCACCUUUGACAACAACAACAACAAAUAAAAAGUAA